CCUUCCUCUGCUCUCCGCGUUCCCCUCAGGGCCGGGCUGAGAGAGCGUUUAGGCCUCGCGUGCAGCCUCGGCCUCGCCUAGGGCAGCGAGCCGGGCGAUGACGACGCCGCCGCCGCUGCUGCUGCUGCUGCUGCUGCUGAGGCGGGUCCCUCGCUAGGCGGAACGGAACGAAGGGCGAAGCCUCCGCCGCUGCCAUGCCGGCCAAAAGAAAACUGGUGCCGCCGGCCCUCAACAUCACCCCCACGAUCGCCGAGGGACCCAGCCCCACCGGCGGCGAGGGCGACGGCCCCGAAGCACAUCUUGUUGACCUCCAGAAAAAACUGGAAGAACUGGAGCUGGAUGAACAGCAGAAGAAACGAUUGGAAGCUUUUCUCACACAGAAGGCCAAAGUUGGAGAACUAAAAGAUGACGAUUUUGAGAGAAUUUCAGAACUGGGAGCUGGCAACGGUGGGGUGGUCACCAAAGUACAACAUAAACCCUCAGGGCUAAUUAUGGCACGGAAGCUGAUUCACUUGGAGAUCAAACCGGCCAUACGGAACCAGAUCAUCCGGGAGCUCCAAGUGCUUCACGAGUGCAACUCUCCAUACAUUGUUGGCUUCUAUGGCGCCUUCUACAGUGAUGGGGAGAUCAGCAUUUGCAUGGAGCACAUGGAUGGAGGUUCCUUGGAUCAGGUUUUAAAAGAAGCCAAGAGGAUUCCUGAAGAAAUCCUGGGCAAAGUCAGUAUAGCAGUUCUGCGCGGAUUGGCUUAUUUACGAGAGAAGCACCAAAUCAUGCACAGAGAUGUGAAGCCUUCUAACAUCUUGGUGAACUCACGGGGAGAGAUUAAGCUGUGUGAUUUUGGAGUCAGCGGGCAGCUCAUCGACUCCAUGGCAAAUUCCUUUGUGGGCACCCGAUCCUAUAUGUCUCCUGAACGUUUACAAGGCACUCAUUAUUCGGUGCAGUCGGACAUCUGGAGUAUGGGCCUCUCCCUGGUGGAGCUGUCAAUUGGAAGGUAUCCCAUUCCCCCGCCAGAUGGCAAGGAACUGGAAGUGAUCUUUGGUCGUCCCGUGGUCGAUGGGGCAGAAGGGGAACCCCACAGCAUCUCUCCACGGCCCAGGCCCCCAGGACGUCCUGUUAGCGGUCAUGGGAUGGACAGUCGACCCGCCAUGGCCAUUUUUGAAUUGCUUGACUACAUUGUGAACGAGCCACCUCCAAAACUGCCGAAUGGGGUUUUCACCCAAGAAUUCCAGGAGUUCGUAAAUAAAUGCUUAAUCAAAAACCCCGCUGAACGGGCAGAUCUGAAGAUGCUGAUGAAUCACGGCUUCAUCAAGCGCGCGGAGGUGGAAGAGGUGGAUUUUGCCGGCUGGCUAUGCAAGACGCUGCGGUUGAACCAGCCCAGCACUCCCACGCGCACGGCCAUGUGACCGCCGGGCCGGCUGCCGGGCCCUUUCCCCCCUCUUUUGUGCACUGCUUGUCUGCUGCUGUUUGCUGCCCUCCAGCAGAAGGAAGAGCCACCUGCCUCGCCUCGCCCUCCCCCAGGAGGGCUCAGAAACUGUUCGCUCGUCCAGCGGCCGGAGAAGAAAUGGGCUUUGCUUCGUUCUGUCCCUGUUUUAUGGUUUGGUUUCAUUUCUCUUCCGGCGGUGGGAGAAUCACUCGCGCCCUGACGCUCUUGACCUUGGUGGGUGGGGCUGGCCGAGAACUGCUCCGCUGCUGCGUGGCUCGGGGGAGGGGAAGAGGACGCUUCCAGGACAGGCUGGCUGCACCUGUGUGUGUGUGUGUGCGCGUGUGUCCUUCUUUCUGGGUGAGCCUGAGAAUGGCUCACAUGGGCUCCUGCUGGUGGGCAGAGACAUCACUGCGUGGAGGGGCCGGGGCAAAGGUGGCGGAUUAGCCAAUCAGACGGCUUUGUGGCUGCCUCUUGAGUUGGCAGAGAAGCGGAAGGCCUGGGCCUGUUUGCUUCCUGGAGGCUGUUUGGGGGAGAUAGCAGAAAAGCUGCAAGAUUGAGGAAGUGGGUCUCUGGGCAAGCCCUCAAUUCCUUCCUUUGGUCAUCCUCCCUUCUCUGUCUCCUCGCCUCGGGUUUUGCUCAGGGACACGGCCCUUCACAUUUUGGGGGGUAGGCAGGGGCUGGGGGGGAGGAGGCGGGCAGGGCGGGUCCUGGCUCUGCCUUCAGAGAUAGCGUGCUCGAAGGACCGUCUCGGUUAUGCAAUGGGUCAGAACAUGCUACAGAACGCUGAAUUCUGGGGAGAGAGUAGGUAGCCCCUUGGAGGACAGCUUUAGGUUGGAGGGGGAAGAGAGCUGCUAGUUCCCGGUUCUGUAAGGACCGAGGGCCGCGUCCUGUGACCGCCCCCAGCGCCUCUGGCCUUCACAGGCCCCUCUCCCACCAGGGUUUUGUUACCUUGUGCUGCUGCUUGGAUACAGCCAGGCUGCCUUACCGUGGUCCCUCUUUUUUCCCCCGUAAGGUUUCCCCGGCUUCUGUUUUCCUUUCUUUGGGCACUGAUGUUUCUGCAGCUCUGUCCCGAGAGGGUGCAAUGUAAUCACAGCAGUUCGGCUGUGCACCUGGUGCUCCUCUGAUGCUCCUCUGAGUUUUGUUCCUCCGUGGCUCAGAGAAAAGGCCACUUCUGCAGCAGCUGAAAAAGAGGAGGGAGGAGAUAAACUUCUAAAAGUUUCUUUGGCUGGGCCGUAAUGUUUGGCCACCUCUCUCUUUAGCCCCUUCGCCUCACAUCCUCGGUCCUCUCCAGGUCCGUCCGUCCGUCUUUCCGUCCGCCCUUCCUCAUGCAUAUCUAUCCUUAAAAUUUCUAUGUAGGCUAAAUGCAUAUUUUGAGUGCCAACAUCGAUGUGUUGGUUACAAAAACAGUCGCAGCCCUGGAGGCAGCUGCAUGAGCAAGAACAGGGUAAUAUUUUUAGUUGAGGUGAAAGGAAAUGCCCCAGUCAGCCAAACAGUAGUUGGGCCCUUGAAGGGUGGUAGCAUUUCACUUCGCCUUCCUGCCCCUUGAAAAUUAAGCGCCAGCCAGGAAGAAAACCCCAGCAAGGGGUCUGAGCCGGACAGAGCCGCCCUCCCUGGCCAGGGCCGAGGCUCGUCGGUCACGCUGCCUCGUGAACCAGGAACCCCCGUGCUCGCAAAGGGUUCCCACCUCAGAGGCAAACGUUGCUUGUUGAAGCCACCUAAUCUCGGUUACACGUGGAGCGACCUCACCCAGCCUCGUUGGCUGCCUUCCUAAAAUGGCAGCGCCUGGCCCAGAAGCGCCUGGGUGAAUCUUCCAAGCUCUCUGGAGCAAGGAACGCAAAAAAUAAGGUUCAGCCGCCUAACCGGCUGCGGCCAGUCAGAUGCCUUCGGCGCAUCGACGCGGCGCUCUGUGCGUCUCCGGCGGGGCUUCCCCGGACACCCACGCCCCCUCCUCCCCCUCCCACCCAAGUCUUGCCGAAGAACGUCCAAGCUGUUUUUUGAAGCUAGUAGCGAGAUGGAAGUUUUCUCUUUCGUGGGGGUUUAAUAUUAGUCCCCAGAGUAUUUCUUGUACCUGUAGCAGUGACGCUGGAUCCCACGGGGGUAGUUGAAUUUGGGUGCAUUGCCUCAAACGGAGGAUCGGCUUGCAUUGGUCUUCCAUUCAGGAUCUUCAGGCAGCAUUGCUCUUCUUUAAGUCCUGCUUCCGGGAAACCCAAGGCAAGAAAGAGCUUACUCUUUCGCCACUGAUGUUGCACCUGUUAGGUCGGGGUCCGCAGCCUUCCUUUUGGGGGGGGGGGUCUUCUCAGGGAUGGUCUCCUAAUUGAGAAAGGCUGGCUCUCCUGCCCGGCCGCCCCCCCCUCCUCUGAAUUUCUCCUUUGUUCUCCGUCUCUGAACUUCCCUAUCCAAGAGGACCCAUCGGCUUUUAUCUUCCCUUUUGCUUUUAUUUUCCCUUUCGGCUGACUUCAUUUGACUUCAGAGGGAAAAAGGGGCAAGGAGCAGGAGGUGGCCUGACUACUGAGUUUGGGGUUGCUUCAGGGGGAAAAGGAGGCAACGGUGGGCAGUUACUCUGUGUCAGGAGGAACAAUCUGGGGCCCAGGGGAAAUUUGGGUUUCUCUGUUGGUCCAUCCUGUGCUGCUGGUUGAGCUUCAGAUAUACUGGGCGUUGCAAGUAAAAUAUAAUGGAUUGUAUUUCUUUCUUUCUUUCUUUUUUAUUGUCUAAGUGGCUCAGCCAUGGCUUUUUAAAUAAAUCAUUUGAAGGCCUUCAUUUUUAAGCUGGAGUUCCUCUAUUUGAAUGCUUCAAAGACAUCCAGUCGCAUCGCUGCUCUCGUAGUCGACGAAGCUAAGGCGGCGUGGAGCAUGGAGUGUUAGGGUGCGUGUUUGUGGAGGGUUUCUUCCUCCCCCUUCCCCCUCCCUCUGGAGACCAAUGAGAAAAAUUCAGAUUCUCCCCAGGAACAGCAGAAAAUGCAAAGAAAAGCAAAUCUUUAGGCAGUCGGUGGGGGGGAGGGAUGGGUGACCACAGGGUUCGGUCAGAAAACGUUGAGAUGGUGAUCACAAGGGUCCAUUUUUUAUGCAUGUCGAUGCGAAUAAAAAACGGGCAGGGCUUCCGUCAUGCUGUCGGGACGUCCAUCUCAACUUCCUUGACCCUGCACCCCUGGUGGCCUGUGAGAAGUUGCGGCAUUAUUGCAGGCGGAUCUGUUGCGCAUGGCUCUGUCUGGUUUUCCAGCUGCUACUGUAACUCCCCGCGUCUCCCAAGUGCAGCCGCACUUUGCUCCGAUGGGGUGACUCCUGCAGAUUGAAUGUAUCCUGUUCAGUGUUUGAGUUCAGAGGUUGUCCCUGGAUCGCUCGGUCCAGUGGCACCGCUUCCUUUUUUUAUUUUGACAGAACCCCUAUCUGGACAGUGAAGCUUUAGCUGGGGGGAGGGGGGUGCGCGUGCCCAGGGACGUGUCUUACAUUUCUCGGCCUCUAUUUAAAUUUUUAAAAGGAAAACGACUUAGUAAAACGUUUGGCAGUUCGGUGUGUUUUGCUCUAGGUUUUUUGGGGGGGGGUGUCUCUUCAUUUUUUCUUCCUUUUUUUUUUUUUUUGCUUUAGUUGUUUAGGGGUGUUUAAGGAGAAUGUGUUCAGCAUUAUGAUGGUGCAAUUUUUUUUAAGAAACUAUUUUCAUCAUGGGGAGAUAAAAUAAAUGGCACUUUACAUU